UGAUAUAGAAGACCCAACAGCUCCACAAAUCUAAUAUACAGCAGUCAUGCGUGCGAUAAAUUUCUUCUUCGUGGUGUCUUUAAUUUCCGUUAGUCAGCCCUCGAAUGCUGCGCCUCAGAUUGAUGCUUCAUCGCUCGAGUCUGGGGCAACAUAUUUGAACUUCACAGAUGCGGAGAUCAGUUCUCCAGUUACGGAUUUUAGCGCUAUGAAAACCCAGAACCGAACCUCAGAUGAGCAUCAAGAUGGAUCAGUUACUGAGAUUAGUUCUGGGUUUACUGAGUUGAGCACUCCUGGAAUAGAAUCCAAUUCUUCUUUUGAGAACACAACUGUUCUAAUAGUAGAGGGAGGUUCACCAGAAAUAGAAAAGGGACCAGCGGAACACACUGGACUUGCCGUGUCUCUCAACGAUACUGAUGAUGAGGCCAGGGUUAUGGUGGUCGUUAGCCUGGAGCACAUUGAAGCAGAGACGGACUCCCCGCUCCUCUGCUCGGCCUCCCCCCUCCCCGCCAUUGUGAGGGUCGGCGCCCCAGUGGCACUCACAGCCAGCCUCGCCGCCCUCCCCCGCCCCUGCAUGUGGCUUUUCUUGGCUGAAAACAACGCAACGGCCGUCCCGGAACUGAACGCUUCGUCCGCAGAUGCCAAUUCUGACCUUUACGCCGCAGAGGUGCGACAUGGAACCGAAGUUGAAAUGAAAAGAAAAGUAUCGAAGAAUUUGCGUCUUACUUGUGAAGAUUUAAUACUAGUAGGAAACUACGAAUGGGAAAGCGACAGCGAUGAUGGUGGAAGCAUUCAGAAGCGUGACGUGGAGAAAAAUGUCAACCAUGAUGAAGAUGAUGAAAAAUAUGAAAUUUCUACUGAAGUUAGUAAUAAGCAAAAUAAUGAUCAAGAGAGGAAUGAAAAUAUCGAAAAGAAUAACACUAAUAUUCAUGGAAAUAUCGAAAAACGAAGCCUAGGAGAAAAUGUACUUCCAAAUGACGUAACAACACAAGCUGUUACAGAGAGUAGCCAACAAGGAGAUGAAACGCACUCAGAGCGCAAGUGUGCGAAAGGCAAUCACAUGAUUGUGGGUGACACUAUGGAACGAUCUGAACGGGUUUGCGGCUUUGUGCAAGACUUCGAGUUCACAAGCCACACGGGCGCCCUGACAGUGAGGCUACGAGCCCGGGGCCCAGGCACCGACCUCGGAGACUUCGAGAUGGCUGGGUGUACGGUCAGCCUACUGGCUGACUAAAGCCUACAGCCCGGGGCCCAGGCACCGACCUCGGAGAUUUCGAGAUGGCUGGGUGUACGGUCAGUCUGCUGGCUGACUAAAGCCUACAGCCCGGGGCCCAGGCACCGACCUCGGAGAUUUCGUGAUGGCUGGGUGUACGGUCAGCCAACUGGCUGACUAAAGCCUACAGCCCGGAGCCCAGGCACCGACCUCGGAGACUUCGAGAUGGCUGGGUGUACGGUCAGUCUGCUGGAUGACUAAGGCCAUAGGCCUGUCCCCAGCCACUGGCCUCGGACAGUGAGAUGGUCGGGUUUAGACUAUUUAGCUUACUAAAGGUGCCAGCCAUAGGACCAGCCACUGGCCUCGGACACUGAGAUGGUCGGGUUUAGACUAUUUAGCUUACUAAAUGUGCCAGCCAUAGGACCAGCCACUGGCCUCGGACACUGAGAUGGUCGGGUUUAGACUAUUUUCAUCCAUUCCCCUACAUUCAUCUAGAACUUAUUUUAUUAUCAACGCUUUUAUUGUAUUUAUUUUACUAAAUAAAUCA